GCACGAAAAUGUUGAAAUCUGCUUAGAGUCAGACAUAUAUUCUUAACCAGAAAAACUUUGCAGAUUGCAAAACAAGACUUGGAAGUCAUUUUGAAGAUGACAGCUAUAAUUCAGUCAUAAUAGGAUAACGAUCAUAGAGUUUCAACAUAGAAAGAUACAGAAAGAUAGAAUAUAACAAAGCUAGGGAAAACAUAACAGGUAAAACAAGCAGUAGUCUGAAGAUGCACAAGAGAAUACAUACAGGAGAAAAACAAUUUACAUAUGAUUCCUAUGACUAUGCAUGUGAUACAGACAGUCCCCUGAAAAGCCAUUCAAUAGUACAUACAGGGGAGAAACAAUUUACAUGUGAUGUUUGUGGUUUUGCAUCAAAUAGCAGCGGUACUCUAAAGACCCAUAUGAGAAAACAUACAGGGGAGAAACCCUUCAAGUGUGAUUUUUGUAAUUACUUGUGUAAUACACAACAAAGACUGAAGAUGCAUAUAAGAAAACAUACAGGGGAGAAACCCUUCAAGUGUGAUUAUUGUACCUAUGCAUGUACUACAGGUAGUAAUCUGAAGAUACAUAUAAGAAAACAUACCGGGGAGAAAUCCUUGAAGUGUGAUUUUUGUAAUUACUCAUGUAAUACACGACAAAGUCUGACGAUACAUAUAAGAAUACAUACAGGGGAGAAACCCUUCAAGUGUGAGUUUUGUACCUAUUCAUGUACUACACGUAGUAAUCUGAAGAUACAUGUAAGAAAACAUACAGGGGAGAAAUCCUAUAAAUGUGAUUCUUGUGAUUAUGCAUGUAAAACAAGCGUUAGUCUGAAAACGCAUAAGAGAAUACAUACAAGAGAUAAACCCUUUAAAUGUGAUUCCAAUGACUAUGCAUGUGAUACAGACAGUCAUCUGAACAGCCAUUCAGUGGUACAUACAGGGGAGAAACAGUUUACUUGCGAUGUCUGUGGUUUUGCAUCUUAUUGCAGCAGUACUCUUAAAACACAUAUGAGAAUACAUACAGGGGAGAAACCCUUCAAGUGUGAUUUUUGCAACUAUUCAUGUACUACAAGCAGUAGUCUGAAGAAACAUAUAAGAAUACAUACAGGGGAGAGACCCUAUAAAUGUGAUUCUUGUGACUAUGCAGGUAAAACAAGCGAAAGCCUGAAGAUGCACACUAAGAGAAUACAUACAGGAAAGAAACAAUUUAAGUGUGAUUCCUGUGACUAUGCAGAUGAUACGGACAGUCAUCUGAAUAGCCAUUCAAUGGUACAUAAAGGGGAGAAACAAUUUACUUGCGACGUUUGUGGUUUUGAAUCUUAUUGCAGCGAUACUCUAAAGACUCAUAUGAGAAUACAUACAGGGGAGAAACCCUUUAAGUGUGAUUUUUGUAACUAUUCAUGUACUACAAGUGGUAGUCUGAAGAUGCAUAGAAGAAUACAUACAGGAGAGAAACCCUAUAAAUGUGAUUCUUGUGACUAUGCAUGUAAAACAAGCAGUAGUCUGAAGAUGCACACUAAGAUAAAACAUACAGGAGAGAAACAGUUUAAGUGUGAGUUUUGUGAUUAUGAAUGUUAUUGCAGCAGUACCCUAAAGAUUCAUAGGAGAAUACAUACGGGGGAGAAACCCUUUAAAUGUGAUUCAUGUAAAUAUACAUGUAUUUCACGCAGUAGUCUGAAGAAACAUUCAAGAAUACAUACAGGAGAAAAACCCUUUAAAUGUAACUCUUGUAUCUAUACAUGUACUUCACGUAUUAGUCUAAAGAGACAUAAAGGAAAACAUACAGAAGAGAAACCCUUUAAAUGUGAUCCUGUGAUUAUGCAUUUAAUACAAGCCAGGGUUCUAGGGAAUGCUUAAUUCUGCGUAAUUGUACGCAUACUUCAUGGAAAAUGACGCCAAAAUAUUCCAGCCACGAGUCCUAGGAUGCGUAAAAAAUUGUCGGACGCAUAGCUUACCAAGUACGCAGAAUAUUCAAGUGAAAAAAAAAACACUCGUUAUCAUAGUCAUCAAUAACAUCAACUACAUACAGUCAGGGGUGUAACUGUUUUAAGUCAUGUAACCUAUUUCAGUUAUUUGUUCAAGCAUUUUAUAACCUGUAUUAGUUAUAAAAUAUAAGUUAACUCAGGUAAGUUAUUCAAAAAAGUCUUUUUGCUGUUCUCACAAAGUGACCUAUACAGUGAAAUAAGUAGCAAUCUGUGGUUAAUCAAAUUCUCUUUUAGUCUGAUCAUGACCUGAUAAGCAUAAUGGGAUGCUAAAAGUUUUAUAGCUUUAAACCUUUUGUGUAAAACUUCAUCAGCCUUGUGUAAAAAAUUUUACUGCAUAGCUGGAAAGAUAAAGAGUUCAAGGAUUCAGGAAAUAAUUGAUUUAGUCACACACAAAAUGAGGAAUUGGCACAGGAGGGCUUUGUAAUAAUUUAUGAUAACUGAAACAAGUUACGAAAAUAUAAGCCAUAACUCAAAUGGGUUAUAAACUGCGAUAACUUGAAACAGUUACACCCCUGACUGAUAUAUGCAUGUUUGCAACAAAUAUAUAAAACACCACACCGCUUAUUUAAACCUGUGUAAAAGCAUCACCAGGGCCACUUUCAUUGUGUAGAUCAAAGAAGUAUGAAUUUUAUUUUUAUAGCUCUUUGUGUAGAUUUAACACCCCGAGUUUUUCUAAUGUUAACUGCGACAUUAUCACAUUAGAUAUCAAAACUUUGUACUGAUUUGAAUAUUAUUCCCAAAAUUUCAUACUUUACUAUGUAAACAAACUAUGUGGCCUUUGAAAUAUAUUUUGUAUCACACUCAAAGUUGAAACAAAGCAAGAUUAAUUUGUAAACAUAUGUUACAAUCAGUUGUCUGAAGUCACAUACUACAUUAUAGUAUAUGAGAACAUAGUGGAGGGAAAUACUUUCAGUAAAUGUGAUGUUAGUCACUAUGCAUGUAGUGUAAAAACAGGGGUCUGAAAAAAGCAAAAAAGAGGUGGAUGAAAUGAGGUAGUGAUACAUGUUAUCAAAGUAAACAAGAGAACAACUACAAAUGAUAAAAGUUUAGUAUGGUAAAUAAUAAAAACAGUAGUUAUCUAAAGAGAUAUAGGAACGAAAUGACUUAAAAUGUGUUAUUAAAUGACUAAAACAUAACCAGUGCCCAUCUUCCAUUAAAUUUUCUUAUCUGAUGUAGAAAAUCCUCUACAAAUACAAUGUAUCAAUGAUUUAGUAUAUAGAGGGAAAUUGACAUUGAAAUAGCAUGUAAUACAGUUGAUAGUUAAGAAAAUGUUACAGGUAAACUGUGUUUAGCUAUAUACAUUAAUUUUGGACUUUUGUAAACCUUAUGCAUAUUAAUAUUAACACAAAGAAACCGGUUUGCCGAGUGGUUAAGGUCGCUGACUUCAAAUCACUUGUCCCCCAUCUAUGUGGGUUCAAGCUUCACUCGGGGCGUUGAAUUCUUCAUGUGAUGUGGUUCUACCCAGGUGUCCGCUCAUGACGAAAUAAUGUAUGGAGGGGCACCUGGGGCCUUCCUCCACCUUCAAAUCUGGAAAGUCGCCCUACGACUUAAAAUUGUGUCGGUGCGACGUUAAACCCAACUGAACUGUCAAACCUUCCACCAGUCUGCCAGUCUGUCAAUGGUUUACCUUUUAGUAGCUUUAGUUAGGAUUGUAACUGUCACCAAACUUGGUAUAGGCCUAUAGCAUGUGUGUAUGAAGAACUGACUGAACUGUAUUGGAAGUCUCUGUUACAUAGAUUAGAAAAAAUGAUUUCCACUCGUAUCUUCAGUUCGGGUACAAAAAUGGUGUAUAGAUACCUUGUUGGGAUUAAAUUUUGGUUACUGAAUGUUACUAUGUGUUAUUCAGGGGAUUAAAAAUACGAACAUACAUAAAUGAAAUGUCUUUGUGUUUUCGGCGGCAGUCUUGUUUUAGCAGACUUUACUGCUAGACACACAUUAAAUGUAUAUGCAUGGACUGGCGGUUUUUUGUUUAAAAUUAUUAAGAAAAAGUAUCUUACUUAGCGAAAGGCAGA